AUGGCCUUGAAGCUCUAUGGAUCCAAGAUGUCGACCUGCACGCAGAGAGUGAUGCUUGUGUUGAACGAGCUGAACCUGUCGUACGAGUUGGUUGACGUAAACAUGAUGAAGGGCGAACACAAGUCCAAGGCGAUCGCCAGAUAUCUUGUGGCCGAGUAUGCAUCUUCGGGAUCGACGCUGGGCGUUCUGUCAAACUCGAAAGAUCUGGCACUCUUCGAGCAAGCUGCAUCUGUAGAGUACUCGUACUUUGAGCCCAGCAUAUCAAAGCUUGCUUAUGAAAAGAUGUUCAGAAAGAUGAUGGGCCACGGCGAACCUGAUUCUGCGGUGGUAAGAUCGCUGGAAGCUGACUUCAACGAAGCCCUCGAUUACUACGAAACAAUCCUCCAGAAUCAGGACUAUCUUACGGGCAAUGUAAGGAGACCAAAGCGGUCUAACGACUUUUCCAAGGAUAGCACUAACGCCGUUUUGCUUGUANNGGAAGUAUCAUUGGUAGACUUGUUUCAUGUCCCAUGGCUUGAGUUUCUUCCACGACUGGCUAUGGAGGGCGAAAUCGAGUCCAGAGGCAAAGUGCAAGACUGGUGGAAGAGGUUGCAGCAGCGAGCUUCAUGGCAACAGAUAUUGAGCGAUCCUGCACAUUAA